GGGGAGAAGGAAGACCUGAUGAAACAAAUAGAACAGAUGAAUUCGGAUACUGGUCUUACUCACCAAGGCAACCCAGUUAGCAAUGAAGAACUUGUAGAUCUCAAGAGAGUCCUUUGCGAGGUCCGUUACCUCCUUGGGUUGUCCCAGAACACUCCGCCAGAGGAGACGGUUGAUCGACUCCAAGACGAAUGGCGCAAGCGCGAGGAAAUCCGUCGGAAAUAUGAGGACCAAGACCCAAUCAAAGUGGAUAAGGGCAUGCAAGUAGACAUUGAUGUUGCAGACCAAGGUGAUGCUGCAAACCAACUGCAGGUACUUCUAUCUGAAGUCAAAUCCAUCACCGGGCUCUCCAAGGACCUGUCGCCAAAAGAUUCGGCCGAGGAAUUCCGCAAGGCGUGGGACCUCAAGGAAAAGUCCUAUAAGAACUUGAUGGAAAGAGAGAAGAAGAAAGAGACCAAGAGACUUGACGCGGCCACCAAGAAGAACAAGGAACAAAUCAGGAAACUCCUUUCUGAAGUGCGCACCAUGACCGGUCUUCCAGAGGAAACCGUGGCGGAAGAUUCGAUCGAUAGACUCCAACAGGCUUGGCAGAAGCAGGAGUCCCGCUGCCUCAAGGCGCUAGAAUUCGAGGAGAAAAACAAUGAACUUCAGGCGAAAAUCAAGUUUUUGACAGAAUCCAUUGAAACCCUAACACACGUCGACCAGGGUCAACUGUCAUCUGAAGAACUUAUCGAGGAGCUUCAGAAUAGGGAUGUCAAACAGUCACUCAAGAUCGGUAGUCUCGUUGCCGAAGUCGAAGCACUUGAAGAUUACAAAAAGACCCCCAAGAAGGACAAGAUUGAAAAAUUCCGGAAAACCUGCAUGGCUAUAGCCAAGGAGGUACAUAUCAAACACAAGGACAAAACCAAAGUCCCCGAAUACCUUACUCUCUUCCGCAAAGAACUGACCAGGCAAGCAGAACUUGUAACCUCAUUGGAGAAGAAAGUCGCCAAGAAGACUGACCAGAUUGAAGAACUGUUGGCCUCUCUGGAGGAGAUGGGUGAUGAACUGGACAAACCCUCCUCGGGUUCCAAAAAUAAGAAGAAAAAGAAGAAGUUCUUCAGAAAGGUCAUCAACAAGAUUGCCCGCAAACAGACAUCAGACGAAAAGGUUCAAAUGAUCGCAGACCAGGCUAAUACAAUCAAAUCCUUGAAGAAAAGCCAAAAGAACUUCUGGGAUUAUCGGGAAGAAAAUAGCGACCUCCAAGACAAGAUUUCAAGUCUAAAGAAGCAAAUCGAAUGCCAGGACAACACCAUCGUUGAGCUUAAUUACAGUAUCAAGCAGGAGAGGGAUAUCGUCGAACACCUCCAUGAUUGCAUUCGUUUUUUUGAGGAACGAAAACAGUUGAGCCCAGUUGACGUACCCCGGCAUCACGAUCGGACGAUGUCGGAUAUCCUCGUCGUCGCGCAGUUCAGAGGCCGCUUUCAGAACUUUGAGACCCUCGACCGCGAGAAAGACCUGAAACCAUUCGAUGAGAACAGAAUUGACCAGGACCGCUAUCCCUUGAAGUACCUCGCGGGCGGAACCUACGGGGAGAUCACCAUCGCGAGGUUGGCCUCCAAUGAUAAGUGUGUCGUGGUGAAACGACCAAUAGUGCCUAGCUUCCUCUCGGCCGCAUUCAGAGACGACGAAAUGAAGGCGAACCUCCUCUGUACUCUCAAAGAAGCAAUGAUCUGCGAGUACUUUGAAAGGAGUGAGUUCUUUCCUACUCUUCACGGCAUUAUGACCAUAGACAACCAGACCUGCCUUGUCCUUGAUUUCAUCGGGGACCACGACAAGGGGGUAGACCGUACACUCUUCAAUUUCAUCAAACAGAAAGACAGGGAGCUGCCUUUGAUUAGGAAGAAAGACGUGACAACUAUCGCCCGUGACAUCGUGGAAGCCGUAGAGGCCUUACAUGAGCGGAGACUCCUCCAUAAUGACAUCAAGGCUAACAAUGUCAUGAUGGAGCAGCGUAACUCGAAAUGGCGUGCCAUUCUGAUUGAUUUCGGCCAGGCCAGCACCAUAUACUUUCCAUUAAGGAAAGAUUAUUCCGAGACAACCAGACAACUUUAUGACGACGGGCAAAUCCAUCAACAUCUUGCCCCCGAAAUUGUGAUGAGAGGGCGCCCUUCGUCGUACGUCAGUGACAUCUUUUCCAUGGGCCGGUUGUUUCGUAUGAUGGGGCGAGACUGCGGUAUUCCUCCCCUCGAGGCGUUGGGUGAUCAUUGCUGCCGGGACAAUCAGGCUUAUCGACCCCAGACUGCCACUGAGAUCUUGCCAAUGAUUGAUGCUAUCACUUUUCAAUACCUCGCAACAAUGCGUCCAAAACACAAGUUUCCAUACGAGGGGAAUGAACAAGUUCCUUCCCUUCCAACACCUUAGCCUCACCAGAAAGUACUCCUGCAAACA